AUGUCAUUCCAAACUCCCCCUCCGCAAACAACCAUCUUCGAAGUAUCCUUCCCAAGCCCGGGAGUCCUACUGGCAACCAUCAACCGAGAAAAACGUAUGAAUUCGAUCCCCCUACAAGGUCAUCAUGAAGGCACUGCGCUCUGGAACUGGAUGGACAAUGAGCCCUCCAUGCGCGUAGGAAUCAUUACAGGCAAGGGCACCAAAGCGUUCUGCGCCGGGGCCGACCUGCUUGAGCAGCGAGAUAUCAGUCGCGGCGACGAGGCCAGACCGGAAAAGGGCGCCGAAGGCGGAUUUGCAGGAUUGAGUCAACGACGGGGCAAAAAGCCCGUGAUUGCGGCGGUGAAUGGACUGGCACUAGGGGGUGGAUUUGAGAUUUGCUUGAAUUGUGAUUUGAUCGUUGCUUCGCCCCAGGCUUAUUUCGGUCUCCCGGAGGUUCUGCGUGGAUUGUAUGCCGGCGCAGGGGGGCUCUCACGCAUCGUGCGCGACUGCGGCAUGCGAAUUGGUACCGAGUUAGCCUUGACAGGACGUCGAGUUCCCGCCACAGAAGCCCUCUCUUUACGAUUGAUCAACCGUAUCGCCAAGUCUCACGGGUCGGUGGUGGACGAAGCGUUGGAGAUGGCAAAGGAAAUUGCCAAUAAAUCUCCCGACGCCAUCAUUGUGUCUCGCUCGGGUCUCCGGGAGUCAUGGGAAACAGCGAGUACGAUAGAAGCCGACAAGAUCACGGCCGAAAAGUUUGGCCGAGCUCUACUUACCUCUGAGAACUUGAGGAUCGGAUUGGAGGCGUUCGCGGCGAAGAAGCAGCCACAGUGGGUCGCGUCCAAGCUGUAG